UGAUCACUCUGCACAGGGGCAGACUGACAAUUCAUGGGGCCCCCGGGCAAUAGGGGAUCAUGGGGCCCCUGUGUCCUUGCCCAAACUCAAAAAGCCUAUGAAAAAGGUACCAGGGGCAUCUCAUGGGGCCCCCUACUGACCCCGGGGCCCUCGGGCAGUGCCCGAGUUUCCAAAUGGUCAGUCUGCCCCUGGACCUGCAGGAACCUGGAGAAGCCUCCUGUACAAAGAGUCAGUUUGCUAUGUAUCCUAUAGCUACUGGUGUCCUUUAAAAUGGAAAUGAAGUUA